UUUGGUUAUGUUGAUAUCCUUUCUCGUCUGAUCAACACUCACGUCCGUCCGAAUGAAGAAUACAUCAUCGCAUCGAUUGAACUGGAAGACACCAUGGAAGACAUCGUCAAGCAAUCAGUGGAAGCUCUGCCAGUCACGUUCAAGAUGAUUCAAGCAGGAACACAGUCGGAUGCAGUAUUGAAGCAGGUUAAGCAGUUCGUUCAAACAGAAUGGCCGUCAAAUCAGUCCAAAAUCAGCGAUCCACAGCUUCAACAGUUUUACCAGCGUCGGGGCAGUUUAGCCAUUGUCUCCGAUUGCCUCACCUAUGGGGAACGACUGGUUAUUCCAUCAAAAUUUCGAGAUCGAGUUCUACGAGUACUACACAAAGGACAUCCUGGAGUAGAAAGAAUGCGAUCCAUAGCACGUAACUACGUCUAUUGGCCUGGAAUCGACGAGCAGAUCAAUCAUCGUGUUCGUACGUGCGUAGAAUGUUCGAGAGCAGCCAAGACCAACAGUAAAACCAACAUGGAAUCUUGGCCUACACCAGAAAAACCUUGGCAGCGGAUUCAUGCAGACUAUGCUGGACCAGUCGACGGUAAUUACUAUUUGAUUGUUGUCGACGCAUUCAGUAAGUGGCCAGAAGUCAUCUCUACCAAACGUAUUACAACGUCCGCUACAGUGGCCAUGUUCCGUGAGAUCUUUUCCAGAAAUGGAAUGCCGGAAACAUUGGUUACAGACAACGGUACACAGUUCACCAGUGAAGAUUUUGAAGCCUUUUGAAGUAACAGUGGCAUCCUACAUUUGAAAACGCCGCCGUAUCAUCCACAGUCAAACGGACUCGCCGAGAGAUUCGUCGACACAUUCAAGCGAGGACUUCGUAAAAUCACAUCGGGGGGAGAAAUACUCCGCGAUGCUAUUGACACUUUUCUUCUGUGCUACCGCUCAACUCCUUGUCGUAGCGCACCUGAAGGGAAGUCACCAGCAGAACUGUUACUGGGAAGAAAACUAAGGACAUCACUAGAUCUACUGAAACCACCAACUUCGUUCUACAAGCAAGCCGAAUCAAAGCAAGAAAGUCAGUUCAACCGUAAGCAUGGCACGAAAGCAAGAAACUACUAUGCAGAAGAGCUGGUUUGGACGAAAAUACAUCGAAACAAUACCUGGUCAUGGGAACCCGGUCAAGUACUAGAACGGAUUGGUCGAGUCAUCUACAACGUGUGGCUACCGGAAAAGCGGAACCUUAUUAGGUCACACUGCAAUCAACUGAAGAAACGGUAUGAAUCAGAACAACUAUCAUCAACAGCGCAAAACAAGUGUACUCAAAUCCCGCUCAGUAUACUUUUGGAUUCAUGCGGUCUCAGUCAACCUACAGCUACUGUACCAGCAGUACCAGAACCAUCCGAACCGUUGCAGUCAGCUUCAGCAAGCAGCAAUAUCCUCAAUGAACUACAGUCAAGGGAGGUUCAUCGCCGAGCACCAGUCAAGCCACCAAGAGCUACUAUUCAGCAGGAACCGAGCCAGCUUCGCCAGUCUUCGAGAACCAGAAGACAACCCGUGAGGUAUGAGCCGUAUCAUCUCUUUUAAGAGGGGGAGGUGUUGGGAGGACCACCCUACGACCCUGAAACGCACCAUCUAUUUAACGGUGGGCUCAUCGUCUGACACAAUCUGUCAGAGCGACAGACGUCUACCGAGCGAGCGAACGAGAGGAAGCGAUCUGUCAGCCGACAGCAACAGUCAUUCAUUAAGUGCAUUCACCACCACUGCAACAGUAACCACGCCGCGUUUUUAAAUUGUUGUAAUUAGUUUUAAAUAAAGAUUUUAAUCUGU